GGGGGCGGGGCCUCCUGCUCUUAGCCCCGCCCUCUUUUUGGCCCUCAGCCAAGAUGGCGCCGCCCAUUUGCCCUCACGCAAAAUGGCGCCCGCAGUUAAACCCCGCCCCUUUUUGCCCUCACAGAAAAUGGCGCCUGCCCAAACUCAAAAUGGCGCCCGCCCUCACCAAAGAUGGCGCCGUGGCUUCAAGGCCCCGCCCACCCCGCCCCGCCCCCGCGCGGGGCACGCCGGGAGUGGGGAUUCCCCAGCGCAUGAGGCGCGGGAAGCACCGGAGGGGUGCCCCGGGGCCGCCCCUCCCCCGCCAUGGCCGAGGAUCUGGAGCCGCUCCUGGGGGGCGAAGGAUUCCUGGAUUUAUGGAACAUGCUCCCCAAUAACAUCGGUUCCCUGCCCGAGGAUCUGCUGGAAUGGCAGCUGAGCCCCCCGGAGCCCCCCCAGGAGGGGGAGGGGCCGGGGGUGGGGGAGGGGCGGGCGCUGCCCCCUCCCCCGCCGAGCCCCCCCCGCCCCUCCCCCCCCCCUGCCGUGGUCCCGUCCACCGAGGAUUACGGGGGGGAGCACGACUUCCGGGUGGAGUUCCGGGAAACGGGGACGGCCAAGAGCGUCACCUGCACCUACUCCCCGGCCCUGAACAAGCUGUUCUGCCGCCUGGCCAAGCCGUGCCCGGUGCAGGUGCGCGUGGCGGUGCCGCCGCCGCCCGGGGCCCUGCUCAGGGCCGUGGCCGUGUACAAGAAAUCGGAGCACGUGGCCGAGGUGGUGCGGAGGUGCCCCCACCACGAGCGGGCCGGCGGCGGCCCCGACGGCAACGCCCCCGCCCAGCACCUGAUCCGGGUGGAGGGGAACCCCCAGGCUCGGUACCAGGACGAUGAAACCACCAAGAGACACAGCGUGGCCGUGCCCUAUGAGCCCCCCGAGGUGGGCUCAGAGUGCACCACGGUCCUGUACAACUUCAUGUGCAACAGCUCCUGCAUGGGGGGCAUGAACAGGAGACCCAUCCUCACCAUCCUCACUUUGGAGGGACCUGGGGGUCAGAUCCUGGGCCGGCGCUGUUUCGAGGUUCGGGUCUGCGCCUGCCCUGGCCGCGAUCGGCGCCAUGAGGAGGAGACCCAGCGGAAAAGGGGCGGGGCCAAGAGAGCCCUGUCCCCCCCGGCCGAGACCCCCGAGAGCUCCAAGAAGCCAAUGCAGGACCCCGAGAGCGAGAUCUUCCUGCUGCAGGUGCGGGGCCGCAAGCGCUACGAGAUGUUCCGCAUGGUCAACGAGGCCCUGGAGCGAACCUACGACCGGGGGGCGGCCCCCCAAAAGUCCAAGGGGCGGCGCCCGCGGGGGGAGGGGCGGGUGCCCCGUGGGAAAAAGCUGCUGCUCAAGGCGGAGUCGGGGGAGUCCGAUUGACCACGCCCCCUUCGCCUGGAGGCCACGCCCCCUUCAUCUGGAAGCCACACCCCUUCCCCUACCACACCCUUCAACUCCUGCUUCCUAUUGACCCAUUUGUCCUGGUUAGCCCCACCCACUAAUCUGUAACCCCGCCCACUUGUCCUGUUUGACCCCACCCACUUUCUAUUUAGCCACGCCCACCCAUCAAUCAACGCUGUAGCCACGCCCCCACCUUUUAACCACACCCCUUUUCCCGUUGUAACCACCCUGCUUUAGCCACGCCCACAUGAUUAUGCCCCGCCCUUCAUCCACACCCACGCAAUUUUUUAAGCCACACCCCCUCCUGCAUGACGUCAUCCCUUGGUCCCACCCCCUUCGGGUUUUUAAUGGUUUUUAUACAAUAAAGGGAUUUUUAUAGCG